GGCCCUACUCUAUCCAUCCGUCAACUUGUCGAAUGAUGCUCAUCCCAAUUUGCAUGCGAUGCGGGAACAUGGCAAAGCCGGCACAGUCGAUGCGCGCCACACUAUUUUUACACGGCGCCUGCUGCGCUGGUCUCCCCGACAACCGUGCCCUGAAAAUGCGGGCUGGCAGUCGUGGGCGCUGCACGACACGGCCACCGCCUGGCUGAAGCGCGGCUGGAAGUGGCACGGGAGUGAAACCGUCGGACCUGCGUCAUUCGACUUUAUGAGCCCUUGCUUGCCUUGAUCGUGCUUGCGCUGCGAACUAUUGAACAACUGACAUUCGCUCUCACACAGGAACCACGCAGUCAACAGACCCUCGCCUUCAAUAACCCAAGACUUAUAUCAAUACCACACAGCCACCCACCAUGUCCUCCCCCGCCUCAUCUGCCGUCUCCUCAGCCGUUUCCUCGGCCGUCUCGUCUGCUCCUGCUCCCUCCAACUCCGCCUGCGCCCAAACCUCCUUCACCGAGUUCCCCACCAAAGACGCCGCCUGCGCGGUCGGCGGCACGUCCGGGGUCCCCGACAACUACGAGGACAUUCUCAAGGGCUGCUGCAAGUCUGCGCCUGUUGAGACCUGGGGCAGCGACUGCGCGCUGUGGUGUCUCGCGGCGGACCAGAGCAUCGCAGACCUGCAGAAGUGCUGGCAAGAUGGUGGCGUCAAGGCUGGCAGUAUACAGUGCAACCAGCCGAACAAUGCGACGGCGACGGGCAAGGUGAGCGGGGCCAGCAGCAGUGGGAGUGGAGCAAAGGAGACGGGGAGCCAGACGAGCGGUGGUGCGUCGAGCUCGACGAGCAGCCCCGGUGCGGCGCCCGCGGUUGUGCCGCAGGGCGUGAGCAAGGCUGGCUUGGGCAUGCUGGCUAUGGUGCUGGGAUCAGCUGUCUUCGGUGCGAUGUUGUAGGGGAGAAGAUGGUGAUGCGGGCGUUCGGAGUACUGGAUGGAUUACGGGAUACAACAGCAUGCUCUUCUGGGCACCUUGAAGCGCUAGGAAACGGUCUGAAUGAUAUAGGUUCUAGGUAAUUGACAUGAAUUGAAUCCACUGGAAUUCUCCCU